CCCAGCAGCAGCUACCGGCGGCUUGAAUAUCCCACUUGAACCAACAACAACGCUGUUGUCCGAGCUAUUCCGAGGAGGGGACACACGAUAUCACCUUUCCGGACAGGUGUCACCAACAAAAGCGACGCUUGGCUGUGGCAAAGCGGCCGGCGGUCCUCUGAACUCGUCGUCGUCGUAGCAGUAUAAUUUGCCUGCCAAGACGUGCCGGGGAGCAACGAAAACAUCAGAAGAAGGAAAAAAAAUCCGUUCAACAAAGUCAAGAAGCUAUUAUGGGGUUGUGAAACUGUUUGUGUGUGUGCUGGAAGAAAAGUGUAGCGUGUGGAAGGGUGAGUUGAGUUCGCGCGUCGUCGUCGUCGGAGUGUUUCGAGGGGAACUGUCUGUUUAGAGUUUUGCGGUGCGAAAAAGGUGCAAAAAGUAGUGCUUUCGACUGGCGAAGGUGUGCCGCGUGAACUCUCCGUUCCUCAUCCGGAUCCGCCGAACUGUUCACUGAAGUCAAGAGGGGCGGCGGGCUUUUGUUUCUCCACUCGACACCAGUGACGGGAAAAAGCCAGCUGGAAAUCGAAUCAUCUUGGUUUGGUGUUUCGUGUUUCAAGUGGGAGGAAAGAAAGGAAGGUGUCCCGACGAAGGCAACGACGACGGUUGCUGAUUAAAUUUAAGAACUUUACCAGCCAGCACUUCACCACAGAGAUUAUGCAUCGUCGACACAGCUGAACGCUGCCGCCACCGCCGACACCUCGACUCCCAACUCUCUUGGACUGGACCCGAUAGGGGGAGCAAAUCCAGCAAAAUGAUGUCAUCUUCCACCACCAAUGGUGAAUCGCAACGUCGCCAACGACGACGCAACAGUCAAGAAAGCCCACAACAGCGAGCGUACAGCAGCAGCAGCAGCAGCAGCAUUGAUAGGACCCCGCACCUCACGACCAGAGGCAAAAGCAGAAGCACCACCUUCACAGCAGCCAUGUCAAAGAGGAGGAAAAUUGUUUACGGCUGGUUUAAUUUCAUCUUCUUAUGCUGGAUAAUGCUCGCCGAACAGUUCGUUAGCGUGCUUAGCCUCAAGGAUUUGAAAAUCUUCGUUCCGGAUGCAGUCAUCAUGGGAAAUGCAGCCACACUGACGUGCCAAUUCGAGCUGGAAAAGGCCUCACUCUACUCGGUACGGUGGUACUUCGAGGGGGAGGAAUUCUACCGGUACGUGCCAAAGGAGUCACCCCCGGCAAGGACGUUUCCCGUGUCCGGCAUCACAGUUGAUGAAACCCAAUCGGAUUCCCAGUCGGUGACGUUACGGGGCGUAACCCGCGACCUGACCGGGCAGUUUCAGUGCGAAGUGUCCGAAGAUGCACCGCUCUUCCAUACGGACAUCCGGUCCGCCAAAAUGCAAGUGGUCGAACUGCCCAAAGAGGACCCGCAGAUGCAGCUGGAGAAAACGCACAUUACCACCGGGGACAGCUUCCGGGCCAUCUGUACCGUUGGGACAUCUUUUCCGUCGGCCAACAUUACCUGGUACAUCAACUCGAAGAAGAUCCACCGAUCGCCCUACCAACGGAUCACGUACCGCACGUUCGAGGGAACUCCCACAUUCUCCUCGCUGGACAUGUACCCGCACAGCCAAGUCCUGCAGGACAUCUACCAAACGAUGCCCCCGAUGCAAACCAGCCUGGCGAUAAUGUGCGAGAUCUCCAUUCUGCACAUCUACACCAAAAGUGUCCACAAGAUGCUCAUCGUGAGCGAUCUGGUGACGACGGUUUCGCCCUCGCUGCUCGGGCUGGACGGGUCGCACAACCGACGGAACGGCGAUCCGGACAAUUCGGCCUUGACGGUAAGCGGGGAUGCUCCGGCUGCCGCGUAUGGGAGCAGUAGCACGGUAAUGGGGUUAGUGUUGGCGCUAGUUGUGUUGUGCCGACACCACUACUGUUCGAAAGGGGGCCGAGGGUUGUGAUGGGCUUAAAGGGGACGGUCGUCGGUGGGUGUACAUAAAUUUAGGGAAUGUUGAGUUAGACGAAGGCAGUGUAUGACACACAGCAAGUCUUGGAACUUGAAAACACAUUAUAUUUAUACAGAAACCAUAUAGGAGAAUGGAUUCGGCGCUAGGGGAAGGACGCAAACCUGUUGAAAUGUACAUGUAAUAUAUAUGUAUUUGAGCUUUUUUACCAAGGCGUAUUGCUUUAACAAAGAAUCGAUUGCGCGGGAUUAGGUGUUUGAUGUGGAAUAUGGUUUGAAAGUGCGGUUUUGCAAUGCUUUGGUUCUGACAAAAGAUGACAAAAGAAACUUCAGGAGAAAUCGCUGAAUGAUCUUCAUAAAGA